CUAUUGUAAGCUAAAAGAAAAGAGGAAAGCUAAGAAAAGGAAAGGUGUAACAACUCCUACAACGAUGGCGGUGAACCACAUUUCUUUCUCCCAUGCGUUUUUACCCAUCACGGUCUUCCUCUUGGCUGUGAUCAGUAGUAAGACAGCUGAUGCCGCCAUUAAUAGCCCUUUUUGCUCCAGGGUCGAUCCCCAGAGAAAGCAACUUUGCAACACUGUUGUGAACGGAGCCCCAACCAGGGAAGUGGCGCUCGCAAACGUCCUCAACGCCGUCAAGAAAGAAACGGCACCGGUAGCGCAAGAGAUCGCAAAUCUACCCAAUACUCUACCUGGUUCAGUGGGUAAGGAGGUGAAAGGAUUGCUCAGGGAAGAUUGUAAUCGUAAUUUGGACAGUUUCAAUUAUAACAUCGCUAGGAUUCUCGAAAUCCUAGAGAAUGGAGCUACCUUCGACGAUAAUUUCCUAACAUGGCUUAACGCUAUGGCUACUUCCUUGCAUGGUUGCAUUGAUGUGCUCGAAAUGAACGAACUCAAAUCACCUCAAGUCCAAAAGUACGUGGAUAUUGCCACGGAUUAUUCCACCGUUAGUUUCUGCAUUGUUGGCGCAAGGAACAUUACGAAAAUGUAAAUCACAUGGAUUAUUGAGCCACAAAUGUUGUAAUUACGUCCGUUUAACUUUGAACAGUUUUGAGUGUUAAUUGAACAUUGCUGACUCAUGUGAAUUACUGAAUUUCGACACGUUGCUUUUUAUUUUUCUUCAUUAAUCAGGUGCAGAUUUCUAGUAUUCGAACGUAAUGCGGGAAUCAGUUGAUCUUUCUUAUUGCAGAUGCAGAAUUUUAGUUUUUCUUUCUUCAAAUAAAUUUGUCG